CGUGAAAGUGCGUCCCCGCCCCUACCCCCUGUUCAGUGCGGAGUCUCUGGGAUCUCUCUCUCUGUCACCUCACAGUAGUCGUUGCCGGUCGCGGGUGUCGGGGCGCGAGCAGCGCAGGGCCGCCUCUCCCCCGCCCUCAGGCCGGGCCCCGGCUCGGUCCCUCGCUCCCUCCUCUUCCCACCCUGGUCCGGUACCGGAAGGUCCAAGCCGCUGCCGGGUGCCCGAGGGCCAUCGUGGCCGCCGCCACGGGUCCUGAUGGAGCCGCCAAAUCUCUAUCCGGUGAAGCUCUACGUGUACGACCUGUCCAAGGGCCUGGCCCGCCGGCUCAGCCCCAUCAUGCUGGGGAAACAACUGGAAGGCAUCUGGCACACCUCUAUAGUUGUACACAAGGAUGAGUUCUUCUUCGGCAGCAGCGGUAUUUCCAGCUGUACACCGGGAGGGACAUUGCUUGGGCCCCCAGACUCUGUGGUUGAUGUGGGGAACACAGAAGUCACAGAAGAAAUCUUUCUGGAAUACCUGUCCUCCCUGGGGGAGUCUCUGUUUCGAGGAGAAGCGUACAAUCUCUUUGAACACAACUGUAACACCUUUAGCAAUGAAGUGGCGCAGUUCCUGACUGGGCGGAAGAUCCCUUCUUACAUCACCGACCUGCCCUCAGAAGUUCUCUCCACGCCCUUUGGACAAGCACUUCGGCCCUUCCUGGACUCCAUUCAGAUCCAGCCUCCAGGAGGGAACUCUGUGGGCAGACCCAAUGGCCAAAGCUAACAGGACUGCACGGGGCCACCCACCUCGCCAGGGCUUUUCCUUUUUAAACAAAACAAACCCUACCAGAUUUCUAUUUUAUAAUUUUACAUCAGAGCUAACAGGGACGGCUUUUUAAAUUUCCCAGGGAAGGAGUUCAUCAGGCCGCAUGUAGGACAGUGCUCCUGAAAAAGAUCGAAUGCCAUCCCUUCUAAUAGUAUUAUACUAAUUUAUUAAGGCUGUCUUGUCUGUGAGUUCACUUUUGACGCUGUUGCCUAAGCGUCCUCCACACUGGAGAGAGAGGGUGCUUGUUUAAAGAGAAAGCAAGAGUCACUGUCUGGGAGAACCCCAUCUCGGACCCUCUUUCCAGAGGACACCCACAUUCCACCCAGGUCGCCACACCUGUGGGACCCAGGUGAGUCCAUUCCCCGGAGCAGUCACCUUCUGUCAGGAACUGAACCAAAGGACUUGGGGUACACGGGGGCCUCCUCACUCAACCUAAGUGAACUCUUUAACCACAAGUUUACCCUCCUCCUGAGACAAGGCCACCCGUCACAGCCCAGCUGGAGCAGCCGCAGCGUCAGGAUCAAAGGAGACUGGCAGCAGGUGUGAGGCCAGAGAAAACAGGAGAAAGCCACCCCUCCUCAUCCUCCUCCUAUCUGAGUGCCAACCCUCGGUGCCCACCCCUAAGCUGCUCUUCCUCAGCAUAGCUUGACCUGUCACCUUUAAUAAAGGUCUAGGCUGCAGCAGCAGAGACACAGGCCUUCUGUCUGAGAAUAAUUAUGUCAAUUAUUUAUAGUCAAUAGAGCCAGCCACUCAAACCCGAAUGGAUUUGUCAGCUAGGGACUAGGGGGACACGAUUGUUCUCCCAAAACAAGUCUCUGAUGUAGAAAAUACCGUAAUGAUGUAGAUUCACGGUGGGAAGGAAAUUUGGAGUUGUCUCCAGUAGGGACGUUCACAUUAUCCUUAAUAUGUCUCCAUUAUCACCUUAUGGGGUGUGGUUGGGGUGUGAGUGGGCGUUUUCCUAAUGAUAUGCUGCUAGGAUUUCAUAGGCAGGAGUAGCCUAGAAGUCUGUGAUCUAGACUCUAGAUUCCAGAGGGACCUGAAGGUUCCCUUCCGUGGUGUCAGCCUUCUACUAGCUAAUGUGGGGAACUGGAUAUGGAGAAGGGAGCUCAGAGCAGGCACCUGAAACUCAGCUCCACACCCAUGGGGAGCCCCCACCAUGGCUUCCUGCCACUUCUGUGUUGUUCCUUCUGGAAUAGGCCUUUCUUUCCUCCCUGAAAAGCCCCUAUUGGCUCACUUGUCCCCACCUUGCAGGCUUUGCCCCAGCCAUAGCAGUAGACAUCAUGGAGCUCUCUGCCUCAGCUGACCUGUUGUCUGACCAGAGCUAUGUCCACCUAGGAUGUUCAGUGGUGUUUUGGAACUUGAAGGUUACAGUCAGAAGGGUCUCAGGACUGUGUACAGGCAUAUCUGGCUCUCACAAAGUAGAGUGGAAGCCGACAGAGACUGUUUAGUGUUGGUCUGUUGGGCAGAAUAGGGCUGAGAAGGUUCAGUGCUUAAAGCUUAGCAUCUGGGAAGGCAGGGGUUGCUGGAAGCCAUCACUUCCUUUGCCUGGCUCCAGCUGGUAGCAUCUCUGCCCAGAGCUGUCCUGAGGGUACUCUCACAUGGCCAUUCUCUGGUUUCUCCUCAGCAGUAACCCAAUAACCAUGGUAUUCUGAGUCGUUUGCCUGAGUAUUUUAGUCACUUAAUUGCUCGAAUUAUCUCCUGUCGUGUCUAGCAGCCAUCCAUGCCAACGACUGUGGCCGUGGCUAGCAGAGAGAUGGGAAGAGUGGACAGUCUCUCUGGUCUCCUUCCCCUAGGCAAGUCCCAUUGUCACCAGAAUCCCAGGCCAGGAACCCCACAUCCCACCUUUACAUUUCUCUGUCCCAGUAUCUUAGGAGCGUACUGUUCAUGACCGGGUGACUCUACCUGGACAUGUACAAGGAAAAGGAGUCGUGUGGUUCAUGUCACAUAGUGGACAGCCCUGCCCAUUGGUCAGUUGGUCAAGGGACGAGGGAAGUGGAGGCAUGAAUGAGACCAUUGUUCUCUCCUAGACAGAAGUUUCUUUGAGAUUUCUUCAUGACUUCCUUGAAGUCAAACUAAUAUGUCUAAUACAGAGGUGUUUGCUGGUUUUCAUUGGUGUUUUUUCUAAUGCAAUAAACUCAUGUCUGCCUGC